AUGGACUUAUCCAGGAAACCAACGAAUCCCCAACGUUUGCCUCCCCCGGCCCUCUUUCAAGGCCCACCUUCACAUAAUGCAUCUAAUAUCUCACUUUCCGUACCACCCGCAUCUUCAGCCUUGGCAACUCCCUCUGGAAGCCAACCCCCACCUCUCCAUCGGAAUCGAACACCCCGUGGAGAAGAGGGGGAAAAUGUCGAGAAAUCAAGCCUGCUGUCACCUUUUGUCUCUCGCCGGCAAUCCAAGAAUGAUCCAGAUGGAUCCGAUGCCAUUUGGCAAGAGAUGCAAAGCGCCUUAUCGGAGGUCGAACUCAGUGCCGUCACAAGUGAAAAUGUCUUUGGCGAGAAGCACUCUGAAGCAUUGGAGGAUUUGCGCUCAAAGCAACUGAAGCUUGCUCAGGCCUGGGCACGCAGCGAGGCAGAUGAUGAAGUCGUGGACCCAAGCCAUACUGGUCCCGAUGCCGCCAGUGCCAAAGCCAACUCAACCAGACGAGGUGAAACCAAUAUCAAAGAUGAUGCUGCCACUGAAACCAGCGCUGGACGCGGCUCGGUAUCCCAUCAUACGCUGGACGAGGAGACGGAGAAAGAUAUCCGUCUUGCUCGCAAACGCCGCGAGGCUAAUGAUCGGUACUUCGAUCGCGUAAACCAGGGUGUUUUGGAUGUCGUUGCUAAGCUGGAAGAAGUCGCCCAAGCCAUGCGUACUGUCGAACGAGAGAGCAAAGAUAUUUGGAGCGAUUCCGAGAGUGUCACGACAACUGCGCCUUCUUCGACUCAUUGA